GGUCCUUGAUGCCUAAAUGGCUUCCUUCUGCUGCAGACUGUGCGAUCACCUUUUGCUUUCUCCCCCGCAGACUUGGAGUACCCAUACUGCAUGAUGUCAGUAUGGAGCACCAGUUCUAAAUGUCCAACAGAAAACCUUAGGGUAUAAACACUCCCUUUGAAGGUGUCAUGAAGGCUUCUUUCUUGUGACAACUUCAAAGUGAAUGUUUAGGUCAUGAUUUUUUGCCAUUUCACUGUGCAAUGAGAAAUCUUAAUAGGAGGCACUUCACACAGAGGCUCUUGCUUACAGGGGCCCCAUGGCCCCCAGGACAUCUGCUCUGUGAAUGGCAGGACCACACAGAAAUUUAUCCAUGCAUGCGAGGAGCCAUGAGCAAUGGAAAACAGUCAACAGUCUAGUAAGUCAUCUAUUUCCGACUUGACACAUUUACAUUUGAGAAAGGUCUUCAUCACAUUGUCUGCAGCUUGCUGUAAUGUAUCUGAUUGCUCUGCAUAAUGGAUAAAGAACUAGAAACCAUGAGAUAUCUCUCCAGAUGUAGACAUAAUUUCCACUUAAAAAGAGUGAACUAGAUUUCUUCCCCUUUCAUCCCUUAAACACCAAGACUUGUUUUGAUGGUCCAGCAACAUUUUCUGGCAGAGGCUGUUCUUAAGGCAAAGACCUGUCAUAUUUAUAGUUCAUAUACUGAUCAGCCCCUGUGAUAGACUGGUGAUCUGUAUGGGGUCUACUACGCACUUCAACAUGCCAAAAACUGCAAACAAAUGGCUGGAGGAGCAUGGCAGAAAGCCCAAAGCAUUAGCCCGGUCUCCAAACUCCCCAAAUCCCAAUUUGGUUGAGCAUCUGCAGGAUGUGCCGGAACAAGUCCCCACCUUGCAACCCACAGGACCCAAAGGAUCUGCUGCCAAUGUCCCAGUGCUAGGCACCACAGGACAUCCCCAGAGGUCCUGUGUCCAUGCCCUGACAGGUCAGAGCCAUUUUGGCGGCACAACGGGGAACCUAUUAGACAGUUUGGAUGCAGAAAUCAGAAAGCAAGCAAGAAGCAGGAAGAGACAGAUACUUGGCCGAACAAGUCUGCCUGGGGGAUUCAGGAGGCGAUGGACAGGCUAAGGAGACAGAAUGUGCAGACAGACAACAGAGCAACAGCCAACUAAGAGAUGUAAGCCGCCAUGGAGGAACUCCAGAGAAAACUGAACCAGCGCUAUGAAGGCACCAAGCCCAGAAAGGUGAGGUUCAAGCUGGCGUCGUCCUACAGCGGGCGGGUGCUGAAGCACGUGUACGAGGACGGUCAGGAGCUGGACAGCCCAGAGGAGAAAUACCCUCACAGCUUCGUCCACCGCAAGAUCCCUCCCAGUCACCUGGAGAUGGAGCAGCUCUGUGGGUUUGAGGAUAGUCAUGGGGACCAACAGGGUGUCUAUCCUCCAACAGGACUCAUUGCCCAGAGAAUAAAUGUAUACAGAGGAAUGGGAAGCUACAAGCCUGCUGCUGGCCAAACUGAGGAAGCAGAGGGAGAUGCCAAAUCCCAAGUGUUGGACUUUGGCAAGAUAAUCAUCUACACCAGCAAUCUGCGCAUCAUCAGGGCACCACAGAGGAAGCCUGAAGCGUUGCGGCACCACGCAGUGCCCCAUGUAGACUUGGAGGGAUACCCGAAGGCCAGGGAGAGGGGGAGCAGGAGGAGGGCUAAAGCGACUUGCGCACAGGACGGGGAGGAGAGAGAGGAGAAACAGCUCAGCAACACAGAGGCCAAGGAGGCCGACAGCUGCCAGCAUUGUGGCGGUUCAGGCUGCGCUCCCUGCUCUCUGUGCCACGGUAGCAAGCUGUCCAUGCUGGCGAACCGCUUCAAUGAGUCCAUCAGUGAUCUGCGUUGCCAAGCCUGCUACCCCCAUGGUCUGGAGAAGUGCCAGUCCUGCUCCAGCAAAUAGCAUUGUUUUGGCUGAUGCCCAUGUCUGGCGGAGAGCAAGGGAGUGAGCGAAUGAGUGAAUGAGAAUGUGUAGCUAUGAGUGAGCAUGUGUCCGAUGUGCUAUCGGUUUGUCAGAAUUGUCUCAGUGGCAAUAUUGCUCUAAUCCAAAAUGUUCUUGGUUGGGUGUUUUGAAGCACUACGAGGAAACAUAAGCCAUCAUUGGAAAGGGGAAUUGUGACUGUACAGCCGGCACAAAAUCAUAAAAUACAAUUACUGUGUGCAGUGAACAUGGCUUGCAAUAACACAAACACAUAAUCACUCUUUUGUUGUCACAUUAUUUUGCAUCUGCACCCUCCCUCCUGAUAAAACCUGAUUCCACGACAGAGUUAUCAUUCUAAUUAAAAUGAUGCAAACAUUUUUGCAUUUUAUUUUUAUCUACUGGAAAGGCAGUCCUGUUCCUAUCUCCCCUCUCUAUUCACUAGAGGGAAUGAAACCUUUUUCAUCCAAAAAUGAUAUACUGCAUGAAGUUAAUCGAUGCCCCCCCCCCCAAACAGAGGGAAAAAGAGACUGGAGGAUAAAGCAUUUGAGAUGGACAGGGAAAUACAAACAAGAGUGAGAGAUGAGAGUGUGACUGGGACAAAGGGAGAUCAAAAGAGUUUCAUACAACAUAAAUCAGAAGGCUACAAUUAAAGUGCGCUCCACCCAAAUACAGCAAAACGCAUCAGUGCUCUGAAGAGGGUUAUGGUGUAAUACAGGAAACAGUGUUCAUCCAUACAAGUUCCUUGCUGAUUACAGCCACUGUUGUUUGCAAGGAGAAAACUUUUGAAAACCCCAUUUCAAGCCCACAGAGCAUAAAAGUUUGACACUCAAAAUAUUGAUUUUGGAUGGAGCAUCACUUCAAGUCCCCUUUUGUUGUGAAAGAGUUAGAGAUGAACAGUUAAAUAAAUGGCAACAGUACUGUACACUGUACUGUAGCUCAGGAGGCUAAAUGAUGAUGAUCACGUUGAAGUGUAUUUUAUUUAUUAGUCUCAGUCUCAGGUUUUUGCCACUCCGACUUGUUUCAAAGCUUUAUCCACAAAGUUUUGGUAUAUUAAUGAAAUAAAACACCUAAUUGAUUUUCA